GGGGGAGGAGGAAGGCGGAGGAGCGUGCAGUGCGGUCAGAGCGGGAAAGAGACUCUUGUCUGCGUCUGAGUUCUGGCGCUGCCGCACGCCGGCUCUUGGGGCUGCAGCGGGAGCUGUGAGGGCCCGAGCGUCGCCUGCCUCUCGGGUCCCCUCGGGGAAUCCCGCAGGAUCGGAAAGGGAGAAGAUGGAGGAGAAGGGCAGCAGCGGCUGCAGUGGCGGCGGCAGUGGCGGUGGCGCCGUAGGGACCAGCGGGGAAGGCAGCGCCGUGGAGGAGCAGCUCCUUACCGUCAAGCAUGAGCUGCGCACGGCAAAUUUAACAGGACAUGCAGAGAAGGUGGGGAUUGAAAACUUUGAGCUCCUGAAGGUCCUAGGAACUGGAGCUUAUGGCAAAGUAUUUCUAGUCCGUAAAAUUAGUGGCCACGAUACCGGGAAGUUGUACGCCAUGAAAGUAUUGAAAAAGGCAACGAUAGUGCAAAAGGCCAAAACCACGGAGCACACCAGGACGGAACGGCAGGUCCUGGAGCACAUCCGGCAGUCGCCGUUUUUGGUGACGCUGCACUACGCCUUUCAGACAGAAACCAAGCUGCAUCUCAUCUUAGAUUAUAUAAAUGGUGGAGAACUUUUUACUCAUCUUUCUCAAAGAGAGCGUUUCACGGAGCCCGAGGUGCAGGUCUACGCGGGAGAGGUGGUGCUCGCCUUGGAACACCUGCACAAGUUGGGAAUUAUAUACCGUGACAUUAAGCUUGAGAAUAUUCUGCUUGAUUCUAACGGCCAUGUGGUGCUGACAGAUUUUGGUCUGAGUAAGGAGUUUGUGGCUGAUGAAGCGGAAAGAGCAUACUCCUUUUGUGGAACUAUUGAAUAUAUGGCACCAGAUAUUGUCAGAGGGGGCGAUUCGGGGCAUGACAAGGCAGUUGACUGGUGGAGUUUAGGUGUUCUAAUGUAUGAGUUACUAACUGGAGCGUCUCCUUUCACUGUUGACGGGGAGAAGAAUUCCCAGGCUGAGAUAUCGAGGAGAAUAUUAAAAAGUGAACCUCCGUAUCCCCAAGAUAUGAGCGCUUUAGCUAAAGACCUAAUUCAGCGUCUUUUGAUGAAAGAUCCUAAGAAAAGAUUGGGGUGUGGUCCACGUGAUGCAGAUGAAAUCAAAGAACAUCUCUUUUUUCAGAAAAUAAAUUGGGAUGAUUUAGCUGCCAAAAAAGUGCCCGCACCAUUUAAACCAGUAAUCCGAGAUGAAUUAGAUGUGAGCAACUUUGCAGAAGAGUUCACAGAAAUGGAUCCCACCUACUCCCCCGCGGCGCUGCCCCAGAGCUCCGAGAGGCUGUUUCAGGGCUAUUCCUUUGUUGCUCCUUCCAUUCUCUUCAAGCGCAACGCAGCCGUCGCAGACCCGCUUCAGUUUCAGGUGGCAGUGGAACGUCCGGGCAUGACCAACGUGGCCCGGAGCGCGAUGACAAAGGACUCGCCAUUCUAUCAACACUAUGACCUAGAUCUGAAGGACAAACCACUGGGAGAAGGAAGUUUUUCAAUUUGUCGAAAGUGCAUUCACAGAAAAAGUAACCAAGCAUUUGCGGUCAAAAUAAUCAGCAAAAGGAUGGAGGCCAACACUCAGAAAGAAAUCACAGCCCUGAAACUCUGUGAAGGACACCCCAACAUCGUGAAACUGCAUGAGGUUUUUCAUGAUCAGCUUCAUACUUUCCUAGUGAUGGAACUCCUGAACGGGGGCGAGCUGUUUGAGCGCAUCAAGAAGAAGAAGCACUUCAGCGAGACGGAAGCCAGCUACAUCAUGCGGAGGCUCGUGUCCGCUGUGAGCCACAUGCACGACGUCGGAGUGGUGCACAGGGACCUGAAGCCCGAGAAUUUGUUGUUCACUGAUGAAAAUGACAAUUUGGAAAUUAAAAUCAUUGAUUUCGGGUUUGCCCGCUUAAAGCCGCCGGAUAACCAGCCUCUCAAGACGCCCUGCUUCACCCUGCACUACGCCGCGCCCGAGCUCCUGAACCACAACGGCUACGACGAGUCCUGCGACCUCUGGAGCCUGGGCGUCAUUCUGUAUACAAUGUUGUCUGGACAAGUUCCAUUCCAAUCUCAUGACAAAAGUUUGACGUGUACCAGCGCAGCGGAAAUCAUGAAGAAAAUAAAAAAGGGAGAUUUCUCCUUUGAAGGAGAAGCCUGGAAGAAUGUAUCCCAAGAAGCUAAAGAUUUGAUCCAAGGACUUCUCACAGUUGAUCCAAAUAAAAGGCUUAAAAUGUCUGGCUUGAGAUACAAUGAAUGGCUUCAGGAUGGCAGUCAGCUGUCCUCCAACCCUCUGAUGACGCCCGACAUCCUGGGCUCUUCCGGGGCUGCCGUGCACACCUGUGUGAAAGCGACCUUCCACGCCUUUAACAAGUACAAGAGGGAGGGGUUUUGCCUUCAGAAUGUGGAUAAGGCCCCUCUGGCGAAGAGAAGGAAGAUGAAGAAGACCAGCACCAGCACGGAGACGCGCAGCAGCUCCAGCGAGAGCUCCCACUCCUCCUCCUCCCACUCUCACGGGAAGACCACGCCCACGAAGACGCUGCAGCCCAGCAACCCAGCGGACAGCAGUAACCCCGAGACCCUCUUCCAGUUCUCCGACUGAAGAGCACAGGAGUGGCAGGAAUGUGACCGGUGCGCCACCGCAUCGCCGGUCCCUCGGCGGACGCCUGCGGUGGUGGGUUGUGCUUUUACAAACGAGGCCCCUGGUCUCAUUGGAAUCUGCCUCUUAGGGAGGGUUUUCAGGAAAACCCAGUCGGUUUUCCUUGUCCCAAAGCACUGGACAGAGAAUGUUACUGUGAAUCAAGCACACGUCGCGCUGUCGAGCGGCCCAGCGUGAUGCCAGUGGGACGAUUCUGGAAAGAGCAGAGGCCCCUGUAGAUUUAACGCGGACUGGGUAGAUGCGAACCGCUUACAGAGCCAGUGGCGGGUUCUCAGACGUCUGCCGAUGAGAGUUACCCCCACUGUGCUGGUGGCGCCUUUUGCUUUGCCUUGUGGAUAAUAUGGGUUUUGAAGAGAUUUGUGCCCUUUGAACAGACUUAUCAGAGAAAAAUGUCUAUGUUCAAAAAGAUUCUGUGAUGGAUUUUAUGUGUGGCCUACACUUAUUUCAUGAGAGAGGAUUUUAACUUAUUGCUGUUUUAUGGUUACAUAUGAUGAUAACCUGCUCUCAUUAAUCUUUUUCUAAAAAGUAGUAGAAGAGCUGUAAGGACUCAGGGUCCCAGGCUUUAUAUUUGGGACCAUCUGAGAUGCAUGCUGAGCUACAUAUGUUUUUAAUUUUGCACUGCUCUUUCCUGGCAAUUUGUUUUAAUGGUUAUUGCAGAACAUUAAGGUACAAUGUCUCUGUUUUAAGUUAUAUUGCACUUUAUGAAAGAAUAUGAAUAAAGCAAACUAUUUUGUAAAGUGCACUGUUUAAAGCAUAUGUACUGUAUUUUUGCCGUUUUUUUCUAUUAUCUACUUUAAAUUUGUCCUCACAUCCCCCUUCUACUUGUUUGCAACAAGUAGAACGGUCCGUGUGGCAUACAUAACGUCAUCGUUAGCCACCUCGGCACCGACGUGAGGAAAACCUAAAGGGAACUUCUGGGAAACACUGUGCUUCACAUUCGUACACUGUGUUGGGCUGCAGAGAGGCAGUGUCCUCCUGGAGCCGGAUGUUAUGUACAGAAUAUUUUAGAAUCAUCACCAUGACCUGUUUGGAAAUUUUCCUGUUAAAUUUUAAAUCCAGUAAGCAUAUUUUAUAAACGUAUGCAGAGCACUUUUAUUGCUCAAAAGUUCUGAAUUCAUACAGAAAACAAGUGCUGUGUGAUGAAGACACUUCACGGAACGGUAGCUGCAUUUAAAAAUACGAUCAAUUCAUUUUCUAUGCAAAAAGACAUGAUAGAAUUUGUAUAUCUUCUUUUAAAGCCGUCACAAAAUGUUAGGACUGAGAAAGGUGAUCUUUGCUAUGUUUACAGGAAUCAUGCUGAAAGAGAUAAUGCCCAACAUGUUUAUCUUAUCGUUUUUGUUCAUGGUAAUGUCUGGAGCAUUAGUUUGGAAUUUGGGCAUGAUACUUAUUUAUUCAUUUCUUGAGCUGACGCAGCAUUAAUUUCAACCAGUUAUGAAUACUAAAAGUAAUUGCACUCUAUGUAAUAGUGGUAUAUUUAUUGCUAAGUCCAUGUAUAUAUUAAUAGCACAGGCAACAAAAAUGGCAAAUAUUAAAAUAUUUUCAAAAUACUGCUUUAUCUUGUUCACACUUUUGUCCACAGUGGUUAUGGGGAAUAACUUUGUACACUCCCAGUGGCCCGAAGGGCUGCCUGACUCUCAUGCAGUGGAUCGCACUUCCGGCUUUCAGCCCUUCCUAGUAGUGAUGGGAGGUUUUCCGUGAUGUGCUGAACCACAGCUCAUUCACAACACGUGGUUCAGUCAGGCACAGAUUUAUAAUGGUUAAGAAAAUGUCCAUUUAUGGCUGCAGUUAUGUUGACUGUAUUUGGAAAUGUGUAAAGUUAGCUCUUCAAGUCAUU